AAGCAGUCGGUCGACACCUUGAGGGCAUUCCUCUUUGCCCCGACGCAGUAUAUAAAUCUACUAGGGCCAAGGUGCCGUAUUUCUCCUGGCACCCAGUCCAACCACAAGGACGCCAACAAGACAAACACCCAGAAAAAAAAAAGAGGCACAAUGGUGAGCACACCAGCUCCCCCCGGCCGGGCCCGCAGGCUAGCCGCCGCGGCCCUAGAGGAGAUGGGCAUCGCGGCCCUGGCGCGGGCGCGGCCCGACACCAAGCUGCUGAUGGUGCAGCGCUUCGUGCGCAUGGCGGCCUACGGCUCGUCGACGCUGGUGCUGCUGCCGCACCUGCGGGCUCUGGGCGCGUCCGAGGCCCGCUGCGGCGUCUUUCUGUCCCUCACCCUGGCCGGCGACACCCUGCUCAGCCUGCUGCUGACCCUCGUGGCCGACGCGCUCGGCCGCCGCGCCGUGCUGGCCGCGGGCGCCGCCGUCAUGGCCCUGUCGGGCCUGGCCUUUGCGCUGUCCGGGUCCUACUGGGUCCUGCUGGCGGCCGCCGUGCUCGGCGUCAUCUCGCCCACCGCCAACGAGACGGGCCCGUUCAGGUCCAUCGAGGAGAGCGUCGUGGCCCAGCUGACGGCCCCCGCCGACCGCGCCGACGUCUACGCCUGGUACAAGCUCCUGGGGCUCCUCGCCGUCGCCAUCGGCAUGGCCGGCGGCGGCUGGCUGGUGCAGCUGCUGCAGGACCGGGGGUGGUCCGAGGUGGCGGCCUACCAGGCCAUCUUCGCCGGCUACGCCGCGUGCGGCGCCGUCAAGUUCGUCAUGUGCCUGUUCCUUAGCAGCCGGAGCGAGGCACAGCCCGACGACCACGGUGGCCACAACGAGGCGGAGGGGGAGAGGGAGCCCCUGCUUGGGGCGCAGGGCGAGGGCCGAGCCGACGCGGCAGGUCCGCAACAGCAGCAACAGGAGCAGCGGCAACCUCCCAAACCUCGACGAAAAGGCCUCUUGGCCCUCCUACCCGAGAUUGGCCGCGAGAGUCGCAUCGUGAUCAUCAAUCUCUGUCUCUUGUUCUCGCUCGACUCGUUCGCGAGCAGCCUCGUGUCCGUCUCCUGGAUCAGCUACUUUUUCAAGUCGAGGCACGGCCUGGAGCCCGGCGCCCUGGGUUCCAUAUUCUCCAUCACCAGCUUCAUCAGUGCCAUCUCGAUCCUGGUGGCUACCUCGCUCGCCAGAAGAAUCGGGAACAUCAACACCAUGGUGUUCACGCACCUGCCGUCCUCGGUAUUCCUCGCCCUCAUCCCGCUCGGCCCUCUGCACCUCGCCCUGUUCUUCCUAAUCGCCCGGCACUGCACCGCGUCCAUGGACGUGGGCCCCCGCUCCGCCUUCCUGGCCGCCAUCGUGCUGCCCUCGGAGCGGACGGCGGUGCUGGGGAUCCUGAACACGACCAAGACGAUGAGCCAGAGCCUGGGGCCCCUGAUCACCGGCGUCCUCGCCGACCGGGGCUUCUUCUGGGUCGCCUUUGUGCUCGCCGGCUCGCUCAAGGCCUCGUACGACAUUGGCCUGCUGGUGCUGUUCAAGAACCACGAGCGGGAGAAGGCGGAGCUCGAGAGGCUCCUCGAGGGCGCCGACGGGAACGAGAGCGCAGGCGAAAACGGCGGGCAUCGCGGGGGUCCAGGGGCCGCCGAGAGGGCCUAGGCAGGUAUCGAGACCUCUUUGGCGGCCCUGUGCGACGACUUGUGGACAGCGAAGCGUUCUGGGUCCUGAAAACUAAGUAGCCACCGGGGGAUAGUAAGGAUCACGGAGAGGCCUCUUGCAGAGUCUGCUAGAAGCAACACGCACACGCCCCCGUGCGGGUCUUGAGAAGGCGACACAGCCUCUAUGGCAUCAUGGCCGAUAAAAAUCAGGCAGAAUUACUCCGUGGUACGGCCAAGUGAACGUGGGCAUGAAAAUAAGCGCACGUCGCGGCUAAUUAAGCUCCACCGAGACAAAACCUUAUGCAUGCGGACACCGUAUGAGGCCAGAUCCUCUGGUCGCGUGUCAUCAGGAGAUAUCGGCAGACGACGCGGCUGUGUAAGAGCAAGACCACCUCAGCCUCAGAGAAACAGCUUUCAGAUGAUGGGAAGUGGCGACGGGGGCUUCAUUAUCCAUAGCAGCACGCAAGCAGCCACAGGCAUGGCUCACUAAACCAACUUCGGGGAGAAUAUCAUGGCUAGAACCGUCUAGAAACGUAUAGAAACGCCUAGAGGCAAACAUGAUAGUCUUUGACAUGCAUA